UCAUCUUUUGUGCCCGCCAUUUAUCAGCGUGAGUUUGCCUAGAACGCAUCGCUUUCAGUUUCAUAAAUCGAGUAAUAAUUGUGCCAUAAAAUGGAGGAGUACCGUACACCGACUAAUAAAUCAAACUUCACCUUCAAUCGAACACCAACUCUGAAGGAACGGCGGUGGAAUACCCUGAAAGUGAACACCACCAAUGUGCGCUGUUCAACGCCGAUUUAUGGCGAUUUUCGUUCGCCAAAUCUGUCACCGAUUGAAAGUAUGAAGGCCAAGAAGAGUCCGGCUUCCCCCAUGUACUUCAAGAAGCCAACAACAAACCAACCACAAAAAAGUCCACGCUGGGAGCUCAAGCCACCGGUAUUUCUUUUGCCAAAAUCGCACGAGGAGAUAACCGCCGAAAAGGAGCCGAAGAGCAGCAGCAGUACGGAUGAUACCUGCUCGGAUGACUCGAAUGUGGAGACUUCCCUGGUCGUGGAGUCCCGUCGUCGCUCCGUUAUGUCAUCCAACCACUCAUACGUGGUGAAUCAUGCUGCCAAUGUGGAGGAACUGCUCGUCCACAUGGGCAUGGAGAACUACGUGGAUAAAUUUGAACAGGCCGACAUCAAUCUGGUCAACCUUGCCUCCUUGGAACGUUCGGAUCUGAUGAACAUAGGAAUGCGCACCGAUGAUGAUUGUAAUCGCAUUUUAGAUGUCAUCAACGCUAUGUAGGAAGACGCCAUCGCUGGAUUCGUAGGCUUAACUAGGAUUUUAAAUUGUGUUUUAUGUGAAGAGAGUACUCUCUAAAUGCUUAUGUGAACAAAAUUGUAAAUGACCUGGUGUCAGUAACAGAUUUGUAUUUAAAUAUUUAAUGUUUAUGGAAAGAGUGGUCCGCAUCUUAUUUAUUGUAACUCAGUUUAAUAAAAUUUUAGAAAAC